GCAUUAGAAAUUCACAAUAUAUGGUUAAAUUAGUGGUUACAUAGUUGUGAGCAAAUGCGUGAGUUUUCCGACUUGAAAAGCAAGACUCACAGUUUCGCCACCUUCGCAUGGGCAUCUGAUCAUGCAAAUCUCGUACUCCUAUUUUUGGCCAUUUUCUGGGAUUUUCAACGUUUCAUGCACCCUUUUACGACUUCGUUUUUUUGUCUCUUUUCUGCAAUAUUUUCCAAUAAAUACGAGGUGGAUGACUCAUUAAUUAUCACUCAUCAUCAUCGUCAUCCAAUUUAAUUCCUUCAAAUCCAAAUGGGCCGUUUCCGGCCUCUUCUCUUCAUUUUUCCUCUUCUAUUUUCGGCCGUUUUCGGAGAAAUUGAUGAUGAUACUGAAAAUGCUCAAACAUUCAUCGUUAGAGUCGACAACGAGUUGAGACCGUCGGCUUUCUCCGACGUACAACACUGGUACAAAUCUACUCUUCGUAACCUAGAUUCAAACCUAAUUAAGAGCUCCGAAACCGAAGGAAUCGGAAAAUCCCGAGAAUUUCUGCAUAUUUACCGAACUGUUUUCCAUGGAUUCUCCGCAAAAUUAACUCCAAAGCUCGCUCAACAGCUCACCAAACGCCCGGAGGUCAUCGCCGUCAUCCCCGAUCGUCUCCGGCAGCUCCACACGACUCGGUCGCCUCGCUUCCUCGGCUUAUCCUACGCCAAUCCCGGGGGUUUGCUCUCGGAAUCCGACUCCGGCGCCAACGUCAUCAUCGGACUCCUCGACACCGGAAUUUGGCCGGAACGACGCAGUUUCCACGACGACAACCUCGGCCCCAUCCCUUCCAACUGGAGAGGCGAAUGCGUGGAGGGACAGAAUUUCACAAAGGCUCACUGCAACAAGAAGAUCAUCGGCGCUCGGUAUUUCUCCGACGGCUACGAAGCUCGGAGGGGAAGGAUUAAUUCGUCGGAGGAGGUGAAAUCGGCUAGGGAUACUAACGGCCACGGCACGCACACUGCCUCCACCGCGGCCGGCAGAGCCGUCGGCAACGCCUCUCUCUUCGGGUACGCCGCCGGCGUCUCCAUCGGAGUGGCGCCGAAGGCGCGGAUCGCCGUCUACAAGAUCUGCUGGCGGAACGGCUGCAUGGAUUCUGACAUCCUCGCGGCGUUCGACAAGGCGGCGGAGGACGGCGUGAAUGUGAUCUCGAUCUCCGUGGGCGGCAGCGCCGUGCCUUACUAUCUGGACCCCAUGGCGAUAGGUGCGUUUGGGGCGAUGGAGAAAGGCAUUUUGGUGUCGGCGUCGGCGGGUAACGAGGGCCCCUCUAAAAUGACGGUCACCAACGUCUCGCCGUGGAUGACUACCGUCGGCGCAAGCACGAUAGAUAGAAGAUUCCCCGCCGAUCUCGUGCUUAAAGACGGCCGGGUGAUCACCGGCGCCUCACUCUACAGCGGCCCGCCUUUCCCAGAAAAGACAUAUCUUCCUUUAAUCUACGCCGGAAACGCUUCCGUCAGCUGGGGCGGCGGCAGGCGCGCCGGGAGUAUGUCCUCCGCCACCUGCUUUGCCGGAUCUCUCGACGAAACCGCCGUGCGCGGCAAGAUCGUCGUGUGCGACCGCGGCGGCAACUCGCGGGUGGCAAAGGGCGACGUCGUCAGGAAAGCCGGCGGCGCCGGCGUGGUGGUCGCGAACGUGGAGCCGAUCGGCGAGGGCCUAAUCGCCGACCCGCACGUGAUCCCCGGCCUCGCCGUCUCAGAAUCCGCCGGGAAAGCAAUCCACGACUACAUCAGCUCGAAUCCAAACCCUAGGGCGAAGAUUGCCUUCCGCGGCACGGAGGUGGGGGUAAAGCCGGCGCCGGUGGUGGCUUCAUUCUCGGCUCGGGGCCCCAAUAUCGAUUCUCCAUACGUGCUGAAGCCCGACCUCAUCGCGCCGGGCGUCAACAUCCUGGCGGCGUGGCCCGCCGGCGUGCCGCCGAGCGAUCUCGCCGACGACACGCGGCGCACCGAAUUCAACGUGGCGUCGGGCACGUCCAUGUCGUGCCCGCACGUCUCCGGCGUGGCGGCGCUGCUCAAGGGCGCCCAUCCCGACUGGUCGCCGGCGAUGAUCCGGUCGGCGAUGAUGACGACGGCGUACAGCCGGUACAGAGACGGCAAGCCGCUGCUCGAUGAGCAAUCGUAUAAUAGUACCUCUGUUUGGGACGUGGGCGCCGGACACGUGGACCCCGAGAGAGCCGUCAAUCCGGGGCUCGUGUACGAUCUGACGGCUGCUGAUUAUUUGAAUUUUCUUUGUGCGUCGAAUUACACGGCGGAAGAAAUAAGGUUCAUUGCUCGGAAAAGAUUUAGGUGUGGUAAGAAACAGCUGAAGCCGUGGGAUAUAAAUUAUCCAGCCAUUUCGGUCACGUUUGAGGCGGCGGACACCGGGGAUUUUGAGGUUGUGGUUCCUAGAACGGUGAUGCAUGUUGAUGGCGGGGCGGCCAGGUACUCGGCGACGGUCACGAAUCCCAAGGGGGCGACUGUGACGGUGACGCCGCCGGUGAUGAAAUUUAGGGCCAAGGGAGAGAAGAUGAGUUACAGGGUGAGGAUAAAGGCGGAGAAAAUGGCGCUGAGGCCGGGGACGGCGGUGUCCGAGGAGGGGAAGCUGGUCUGGUCAGACGGGAGGCGGCAGGUGGUGUCGCCGCUGCUGGUGAUGUGGACGCGGUGGUAUUGACGGCGGUGCACUUAUUUGUCCACGGUUAAUUAAUACUGAGCUUACAAAAGCAUGUGGACUUGUAUGGUAUUAAUAUUGAUGAUAUAAUAAUAACAAUGUAUUGAUUAAUUAAUAGUUCAAUAAUUAAGACGAUCUCCAAACUGAAAGAAUAUAGCAUAUAUGGCAUCUAUUAAUUAAUUAAUUAUACUCCAUAGGGAAACAUAUUUGAGAGUUCACAUCAAUUUUAAAUCCUAUGUUGUAAUUAUUCAA